AUAAAGAGGACGUCACUCUUCUCUGAAUUACAUGGUGGCCGGUAUUUGUCUCCGUUGUUUGCCGUGAUUAACUGUCGUAUGUUAGCACAAAGACACACUUAUUUCUUCCAUUUUGCUGCAUUUUUAUGUACAGGAAUCUGGUAACUGAAGGAAUUCACAAAUUUCUUAGUGGUAAUGUAUACAUUGGAGUAGUCUAAUAAUCAGAUAUUUUCGUAAACAUUGUGAAAACCCGCUUCCAUCAUGAACGGGCUUUCGUUCAGUGAGUUGUGCUGCUUAUUUUGCUGUCCCCCAUGCCCAUCUCGCAUAGCCGCCAAGCUGGCGUUUCUGCCACCAGAACCAACCUACUCUAUUGUAACAGAUGAUACCGGUACUCGUGGGACAUUACAUUUAACGGAUAGAGCAGAAUGGCAAUUUUCAGAUCGAGAACUAGAAUCAAUUGAGGUGUUCUACACCCGAAACAAGCGAGGAAACAGGAUAGCGUGCAUGUUUGUUCGAUGUGCACCAAAUCCAAAAUACACCAUCCUAUUCAGUCAUGGCAAUGCUGUUGAUAUUGGACAGAUGAGCAGCUUUUACAUCGGCCUUGGCUCAAGAUUAAACUGUAAUAUCUUCAGCUAUGACUAUUCAGGUUAUGGUAGUAGUAGUGGAAAGCCUUUGGAACGUAACUUGUAUGCAGAUAUCGAAGCAGCAUGGCAGGCAUUACGAUCGCGAUACGGGAUAAGUCCAGAGAACAUCAUUCUGUAUGGACAAAGUAUUGGAACCGUUCCCACAGUGGAUUUAGCUUCACGCUAUGAAAGUGCUGCAGUGAUUCUACAUUCCCCACUCAUGUCAGGAAUGCGUGUAGCAUUCCCCGAUACGAGGAGAACAUGGUGGUUCGAUCCAUUCCCAAGCAUUGAUAAAGUUUCCAAGGUGGCAUCCCCCGUCUUGGUCAUACACGGGACCGAGGACGAAGUGAUCGACUUCUCCCAUGGACUGGCGAUCUACGAGCGCUGCCAACACACCGUUGAACCGCUGUGGGUGGAAGGAGCCGGUCAUAACGAUGUGGAGCUCUUUGGUCAGUAUCUGGAGCGCCUCAGGAAUUUCAUCACUCAGGAGCUACCGAGCCUUACAGCAUCAUGAUCAUCAUCACAGGCUUAGGCAGGCAAGCAGGUAGUUGGGAGCCACUACGCUUUGUGUGUGUACUCCUCAUCCGACUCUUUGUAAGAUCUGUAAAUAAACAGGAUUUUUCCUUGUUCGUACGAUAUAUUCGCGGGCUGCCCAUAUUUGGCCCGUUCACACAAACAUGAAUAUUAAUCAUUGGCACAAAGUUUUUUCCAACACAAAAUUUUCAUGAGUAAUACACUUUGGCUGAUAUUUGCCAUUCAUGUUGAUAAAAUUCUUCUUUGUGUGAACUGGCCUUUAUGCAUAUAUCUGAAAGUUAUGUAGCAUUGAUUUUAUACAUUACUAGGCAGUAUUGCUUCAUUUCUUUUUUAUAUCCACGCCAGGGUACUUCCCUCAGUGUAGGAGAGUCUUAACUGGAACUCUUGCAUAUUUAUCUGUAAAUUUGCUUCUUAUUUGCAUCAAUAUUUCAAUACUUAAUGAUACAUACAGGUACGAUUAGUCAUCUGGUUGAAAAGAUGUAUGUUGAAGCCUUGAAGGAGCCUAAGGAGGAAUAACCCAAGGUUAUUAAUUAUCUCAAUUGAAAUAUUUAUAAAAGGUUGAAGUGUUUUAUUGCAUUAUUAAUGUUAUUAUUUAUGGCACUCACUGAUAAACAUUUUAGAAAUGAGGACCAAAUUUGAAUAUACCGGUAAUACUGCCAUAUAACUUUUCAUCUAGUAUGAAAUACACAAUAAAUUUUCAAUUUGAUUCGUUGAGUAUUUUAAAAAGGGCGGAUAGAGAACCUUUCUUCAGUUCAAUAAAGACUUUCUUUCAGAAGUGAGAGAUGUAAACCUUACAGGGUGAAUCCAAUUGAUGCAACCUUAAGCUGUGGAGAAGUUAAUCAAUGUACUACAAGUAUCAGUUUGAAGCAUGCUUUAAAAAAAAUAAUGAAUGUUGUUUUGACAACCGUACCCUACCCUUGCUUUUCAUAGCAACUAAGAUAGAUCCAGAGUGGAUUCAAAUUAAUUAAAAUUAGAUUAACUGAAUACUGUAGUUUCAAGGGAAUAUUCAAGGAAUAAUAAUAAUUUGCAGACCAGGGGUAAAGCUCUUCAAUUUAUAACAGUAUUAGCAGUAUUUGAUAUUCUCUAAUUUUCAGAGAAUCUGAAUAAUUCUAUAAAAAAGAUAACUGUCUCAGUAUACAUGUAGGUUGAGGUAGUUUUCGAUAAUUAAAGUAAAUGUAUGCUAAUUGGUAUGCUUUCAAUGCUCUCUCUCAAGAGAGAAGUGUGUGUAUGCGCUCAACUUUAAUAUUCUAAAUUACACUUUUUUCUUUUAUAAAUUUCUUUAUUAUCUUUUGGAAAUGGUCACACUUUUCUUUGAUUUUUGUGUUUGUACAUGAAUGUAAGUUUUUUUUAUAUGUUGGGUUUGCAUCUAUGAUCUCAGAGUCCUAUCCUAGAUUUGAACCUUUACUACAUGCACUAUCUUUGGGCUGGUUUCAUGAAACUUUGAAACAAGUAAUGAUCAAUCAUUACCAUUGUUCCACAGCCAAUCAAAUGCAAGAUUUUUGCACGUACAGUGGGUGUACAUGUAUCUUGCGGGACCGUACAAAAUGACAAUCGAAGUUAUUAUCAGUGGUACAACAUGUAUGUUUCAUUCAACAAGGUUGUGAAAGAUCAUCCAGGAUAUAGCAUUUGAUACAGCUUAUCAGACACAGACAGACAGAAACAGUCUGGCUAGACUUUAAUCAGGUGAUUCUGAGUGGGAGUAGAAAAGGAUAUGUAUGCAUGCAACAGUACAGUACACUAAAUUGGCAAAUUUUGCAAUUUUGUGUUGACUUGAUACACGGUAAUUUUGAAUUUCAGUGAGAACUGUGAAGAAAUACAUCAAGAGAAUCUAGGAAUAAAAUGAAAAUGGACAAUUGAUGCUACAUUGGGCCUUUUUCCAAACUUUACAAGACUUUAAAUUGAGAAUGAUCGAUAAGAAGGAAAUUAGAAUUCUUGAUUCUUGAGAUCUUUUAUUCAAGGUUUUGACCAAGUAGCAUCUACUUUGGGCAACAGCAGUAAAUCAACCAUAAGCGGAAGAUUGCAUUUUGCAAGCUAUAACAGUUUUAGAAUACAGCUUCUUAGGAUUAUGGCAAUGUCAGUGACAUCUCUCCAAGAUGCAGGAUCUUAAAGGGGAAAUGUAAAAAGUGCAAGAAAAGUAUUUAUGAAGGUUGGUGAAAUUUAGGGGGAAAAAAUAAGAUCAUGGAUUUUUUUACAGUUUUUAUUUUGUGAUGUCACAAGUCCUUCAUCUGCCAUAAAUUCCACAAAAUGCUGAUUUCACUGAAAAUAUCAAAAUGAUUGCAAUUGUGCAUGCACAAGCUUUGAGGAAAAAAAAUCAGUCACCAUGAAUUUAUGGAAUUCAUACUAUAAUGUCAUGCUCUGUUUUAGGCAACUGCUGUACAUGCACAUGCACAGUAUGAUAUCACAAAAUAAUAAUUAAAAAAAAAUCCUUUAAAAUUGAAUUACUAUGAUUUUGGAAAGCAUUCCAUCAAACUUUUGUUAAUAGUGUGUCAUGAUUGAAUUGUACAUGUACAGACAAAUGGAACAGUUAUCAGGCAAGGCAAAAACACUAUACAUGUAUUACAUGUGCAUCAGUA